UUUCACACAUAUGCGACGUCAACGUAUUCAACUCUGUCAAUAUUUCCGGCAUUGCAAGACUUUUGGAGGAUAACAGUUCCGCGGUUGGCGAUACAUAAUAGCUACUUGAUGGGCGAGAUACUUGCGCUGGCAGCAUUGCACCUUGCUUAUCACAGGCCGGACCAGCGGCACGAACGUCUUGCAACGGCCCUGACGCUUCAUCAGGAAUCUUCGCAGCGAGCGAUGGGACUAUUGAAAGAUUUGAAUCCUCAGAAUGCCGACGGCCUAUUCAUAUUUUCUUCUCUAACUAUCGUCAUCGCAAUGGCUACGCCAAAGCGGUCGCAGCAAGAUGGAAUACCAGCAGGCGAAGGCGAUUUUGAAGAUUGGAUCUAUUUGAUACAAGGAACAGCUGAACUCCGGACGGCCUUUGAACAAGAGUGUUCUGAAAGCUGCCUGACAGGCAUGUUUUCAUUCAGCCGUCAAAGAUGGGCGUUGCACAAUGUCUUUCAUCCCUCCUACGACCAAAGGGACGAGGUACUAUGCCAACUAGAAGAGAGGGUAAGAGACAGUGUUCCAGAGGGCGAGAAGUUGAAUGUUUUGAUCGAGAGGAUUGGUAGCUUGCGAUCUGCAGCAUGUAACAUUCCGAACUGGGAGAGUACUGAUUUGUUCUUUUGGCUGUACGGAGGUAUCGAUGGAUUCUUACCUCUUGUUAAAGCACGCGAUCAGGAGGCUUGGGCGGUGCUGGCUCACUUCUGUCUUAUGGUCAAGAGAGCAGAAACUCAGUGGUGGUUGAAAGGCUGGGCGGAUUGUAUGAUGAGAAAGAUUCACAUGCAGCUUGAUGAAGAGCAUAAAUCUUGGAUUUUGAGACUUUCGGAGGAGAUCGGAUGGAUUCCACCAGCAACUCAAUGA